CGAAAUUUCGCGUCGCAUUUAUUCGCCGAGUCUAGACCGGAGCAGAACGUCUUGAGUGUUUCUUUGAAGCUUUUCGAACAAAAUCAUUGCGAAAUAUCCCCCGGUAUCGGUUAACCAUUUUUUCUAUCUGUGAUCGGAACAUUGUAUCGAAGUUCUUUAGUGACUCUUAGCGCCUAGGACAAGGUCGUUCGAUUUUAUCGACAUCGAUAAUUGAUUGAAGAAUCGCGCAAACCGGCGGAAGUCAAACGAAUUAAGAAUGAAUCGCUAUCUCAGAGCAGUGGCUGGUGUCCUCGUGUUGGCUGUGAUUGUUAGUGCAGAGUACGGUUUCUACAUUCCUAAGGCAUUCUACAAACUCGACGAGAAUGGCUACAAAACACCCCUCACCUACAUCGACAACCUGCCGCCCUCUUUUCACCGAGUAAGACGAUCAGCGCAGCUAGGAGGAGUGAAUUUCGGAUUCCCCUUCCAAGUUCCACAGUUCCCUAACAUCCCCGCCGGAACCCAGGGUAACUUCCAGGGUGUUUCCAUCACUAGUACUGGUGGUGGCCUCCACAACCGAUUCGAUGAGGAUGGUCCGGUAGUGCAAAGCACCUUCACCUCGUUCAGCAACAACAACGGCCACGUCACCCAAACGACACAUUUCGUGGACAAGGACGGCAAGGUGACGACACACCGGCAAGAAUCUGGAAAUAAGCCACAAAAUGACCAACAACAACAAAACAACAACAACAACAACCAGAAAAGCAAUGACAACCAGCAGCAGCAGGGCUCAAACAGUUCCCAAUCGCAGAAGAAAAACUAAAAAAAUCUUUAGCUAAAAGCAAACCAACACGUUUGCGUAAUUAGCAUAAAGUCAACCCGAGCAAAACAAACAGCACAGAGGAAAAAAAACCUCCCAAACUCUUUUUUUUAUCUCCAAAACCGGAAACCAUACAUCAGUGGAAGAAAUUCGACACCGGUGUUAAAUUUGUCCCAUCCGAUAAGUGAAACUCGUUUGGCACAUCAUCAAUUAUUGCUCAAAAAACGGCCUCCUGAUUUAAAAUGUAAAGCAAUAGAAGCAUCCCCAUAUUGGAAAAAAAAAAUUAAAAAAAUCUGCCAACAUUAACCAUAGAAAUCAGAAGUGAAAACUUUAUCGAUUCGAUUAAAGUCCCGGUGCGGAAACGGGACGAAUCUGCCGGGUAAAUUGAAGCCCGAAGCCCCAAAUUUUCAAAUCGAACAAAUUAUAGAGAGGUUGCACAUUCGAAUCGAGCGGAGGAAAUUGAUUUUUUUCCUGCGAGCUGCAAAUGCAAAUGUGUUUCGUUCCGUAAAAAUCGAACACAUCAAUAAUUAUUGAAUUUAAAACUUAAUGAAACAAGGUGAAAAGAAAGGUGCUCCCCGCUGAAAAAGAAAAAAAAAUAGAAACAUUCACAUUGCGGGGGAGUGUAAAGAAGUAAAAAAAAACACAACCAAGUCAAAAUUGCUUUUCCGUUGUUUGUUUGAACUGAUUCGUAAUCGCAAAAAUGCCAAUUAACGCUAAGUUACUUUAGAAGUAUACCUACCCUACAGUACAUCGAUAAAAACUAAACAAAACGCCACAUUUUAAACGAAACAAUCAUCAAUAAAGAUACUGUUUUGAAGUAGUACAAAAC